GCAGGUGGCCGUGCUCGGCGUGAUGGUUCCGGAUUCCCGUGGAGCCUGGGCCUGCAACGACUGGUGCUUCUGAGUAGGCCGGAGGCGCCGGGUGUGGACUUGGCCCUGUGCGGAGCGGAGCCGGUUAGUGUCGUCGCUUCGCCUGUAACAACAACAAGAAGAAGAAGAAACAGUAGCAUAUGGAUAACAGAGCUAAAGAGGAAGGUGGGACACUGCAUGCAACAUCACAAGAGAAGGCACAAGCUAGAGAGAGAGAGAAGAGAAAGCGGAAACGCAGUAGAAGCAGGUCCUCUUCCAUUUCUUCCACGACAUCAUCAAGUUCUUCGACUUCUUCCUCUUCAAGGUCUUCUUCAGGAUCCUCUGCUUCACGUAGCAGCAGCAGCAGUUCAAGUAGUAGAGAUACUCCUAAAUCCAAGUCAAAGAAGAGAAAAAAGGAAAAGCACAACAAAAAGAAGAGGAAAAAAGAUAAGUUGAAGAAAAAGAAAGAAAAGAAAAGAAAGAAAGAUAAGUCUGGCCCUGUCCAGCUUUCUAAGUACUUGAAAGAUAAAAGGAAGAAUCAAAACUACAGUAUGAUCACAGGAAAAAAAAUUAAGAUGAAAAUAAAGAAGAGUAAAAAGGAUAAAGAGCGUGAUCGAAACCGUGCUGAACUUCUUGAUUUCUUGAACUCCGCUUUGUAAUGGAAACGGUACCUACGAAGGACCAAUAAGUAUGUAUAACCCAUUUGGCCAUCCUGCUCCUCUAAGCACAAAACACAGGCUCAGAGCGAAGCGGCAAGAGAACACUGAAAGGUGUGCGGAGCUGAAACUCUCCUGCUGUGAAGACCAGAUGCCACCUUCACAAUCGGCAAAGCAAAGAGCUGACAACAACUUGCCCACACAGACCCAUGCAGACCAUUGCUGCUUCUGAGACCCGAAAAGAGCUAAAGUCAGUGCUUCAAAAUGCUCGGAAGGGAGAUGACAUGGUUGAAUUUUGGCCUACUGUGAAUAUCCGAAACUGCAUGCAGAAUACAACUUGACCAGCAGUUGUCCGUCAUCAUUUUUCAUGUUAGAGCUGAGUAUUUGCAAAUUAAUUCUUUCAGAAAGAAACAUCCCUGUGCAUAGAUAUUUUUAGUCUUGACAAUAUUUGUUAACGGCAAAAUAACUCCUCCUUAGUAGUGCGUAUUCUCGAGGAAUUAAUACAAUAUCACUUUUUGAGAGCUUCAUUUCUUCAGCGUAAUAGAUUUUUCUUUCAAAAUGGGUGGCAGGUUAUUAAAACUAGGUGCUAAGUUGUUAAUUAUAAUACGCUGGCGUAGUAUAGCCAUUCUGUGAAUAUUCUGAAAAUAACUUACCUUUUGGUGUGGUUUUGUUUUGUUUUGGCAUUGAUCCUCGCGGCUUUUUUGUAUGACUCCAUUAAUAUUCGUUCCAGCUUUUCCUACAAAUCGGUAUGUUAUCUAGAGACACCAUAUGAAAAUCUCAGUAGAUCUUCCGUUACAGUGAAGUGUAGCAAUAUGUGAAACAGACUUCAUUUCAGGACUGGUCAUGUAAUGUGACCUCACAGUGUACAAACCUCUUAUUUUAAAAGAAAAGCCAAAUAAAAUCUGUUCUUCAGA